AGCAGGGCCGUGUGGUUAACAGAGGGAGCACUGCCCCCUGGCUGAAGACCCGGCCUCUCGUCCCAGCUCUACCACUGACAAGCUGUGUGGUGCUGGACGAGUCCCCUUCUCUCUGGACUCAUUAUCUUAAUCUGUGAGGGGAGGGCACGAUUCUCUCAGAGCUUGUAGGAUUCUGUGCUUUCGUGGCUGUGUGGAGUGGGUGAAGUGGUAGGGGGAAGAGAAGACACCCGUACAGAGGCACACAGCAGGCUUUAAGGCAAUGUGGUUCUCAUCUGGAGGCAAUUUUGCCCCCCAAGAGACGUGUCAAUAUCUGGACACGCUUUUUUUUUUUUUAAAGAAUUUAUUAUUUAUUUAUCUAUUUAUCUAUCUAUUUAUUUAUUUAUUGGCUGUGUUGGGUCUGUUGCUGUGCGUGGGCUUUCUCUAGUUGCGGCGAGCAGGGGUUACUCUUUGUUGCAGAGCAUGGGCUCUAGGUGCACAGGCUUCAGUAGUUGUGGCUCGUGGGCUCUAGAGUGUAGGCUCAGUAGUCAUGGUGCAUGGGCUUAGGUGCUCCGCAGCAUGUGGGAUCUUCCUGGACCAGGACUCAAACCCGUGUCCCCUGCAUUGGCAGGCGGAUUCUUAACCACUGCGCCACCAAGGAAGCCCUGGAGACCCUUUUUGUUGCAACAACUGGAUGGAGCUCCUGGCACGUAGUGGAUAGAGGCCAGGGAUGCUACUAACGAUCCUACAAUGCACAGGCAGCUCCCUACAACAAAGAAUUAUCCGGCCCCAAAUGUCAGUAGUGCCAGUGUGGAGAAAGCCUGCUCUAAGGGGAUCAGAUUCCAUCUUUUGCUCCUGUACUUUGUAAUGGCCUUUGCAAUUCCAGGUAACCUCAUAUUUGGUUCCUUUCCGGAUCAACCCUCUUGCUAUUGAAGAAACAGGAGUUUAAUUUGCUAAAUUGUGCUGAAGUUAUUGACCGAUCUUCAAAUAAACAGUGGUGACCUAACUAGUGUAUGAGGGUUCAUUUAGAGAAGCAGAGCCACUAGGAUUAUAUAGUCUGCCAGUCUGUCCACCUGUCUAAUCUACAUAUGGGAUUCAUUACAGGGCUUUGACCUUGCUCAAGUGUGGCAGCUGGUACAGUCUCUGGAAGGUUAUCUUCAUGUCUGGUGGUAGAGCUAGAAAUCCAUAGGGCAGGCAGUGGGGAAGGGAAGAUGGAUAAAAAGUGAGGGGAGGGGGAUCAAGGAUGAGCUGGAGCCCAUGAGGAUGGACUGGAACCCCUGCCAGUUCUCACCGCCCCCAACCUGAGGAAGUGGAUGACCUGCAGGGGAAGCUCACUGGUGGCCUUUGUCACACAGCUGAACACACCCCUGGCCCAGGAGUGUGAGAAGCGACAGGAGGAUCCCAGGGAAGGUAUAGCAGUUGUGGGCCCAACUGCUGCCCCACAGCAACAGCGCUGCCCACAGACAGUGGAAGUGCCUGCCCAGCCUCGCAAGCACAAACGGCUGCUGCACUUCCACCUCCAGAUCUGCACGAAACCUCUCCUGUGGUGGCACACACGUAGGCUGAAAAUGUAGUUCAGCCUAGCCAACUCGAUGUGUUACAACGCCACAAGCAGCAGAUCCCCAUUUUUUAGAAUGCGAGAUGCUGGUUUGGAGAUGGACAUGCUAGAGGACCUUGAGACACUGCAGUUUGAGUAUGGGAUUCAAGAGGAAGACCACAGCUGGCUGUAUUUGCUGGGCCGUUCUCAUGGGCUGAUGACCAAGGCCUGUGCCCAUGCAACCUUCUUCUGCAAGCUACUCCAUAAUUUGAGAAAAUCAUUACAGGAGAAGCAAACUUCUAGAUGUCGCUUGGCUGGAUUGCGUGAAGACACUCCUGAUGACGAUGCGUUAAAGGUGGGCAUCAUUGGAGGCGGCCACCUUGGGAAGCAGCUGGCUCAUACACUGCUUCAGCUUGUCCCCAUCCCAGCUGACAGCCUGAGGAUCUCCACUCGGAGGCCAGAGGCCCUGGAUGAAUUCACGAAACUGGGGAUCCAGUGCUUUUACCAUAACUCUUCUCUGGUGGAGUGGGCCAACGUGAUAUUCCUCUGCUGCCUGCCAUCUCAGCUGUCUAAUAUCUGUGCAGAAAUUCAAACCAGCCUUGGAAAAGCCUGCAUCGUGUACAGCUUUGUGGCUGCUGUCCCACUACCCAGGUUGAAACUCCUACUGAACCACACCAAUGUCUUGCGGCCUCAGUAUCAGUGUGUUGAAGAUCUUGCCAGCAUCUGGGGGGCCAAUAAGGAAAUCACAGCUGCUCUCCAAGACCCUGUGAUUCUUCAGGCUACCUGUCCCUACAGUCCUGCUGGGGGAAUAAUCCUCAAUAUCAAAUGGUUGGAGGGAGUGUUCUAUGCAGCCAUAAAUGUCUGCACAGAAAAGGACAUGCCCCACUCACAAGUGCUGCAGCUUCUGAACGAACUGUUCCUCGCCAAGCACUUUGAAGGCUGUGAGAAAGAUAGAGUGUCUUUCCAAAAAUUUCAAGCACAAGAUUUUGUCAGCAAAGCCUAUGCCAAGAACCUGUCUCGGAAAAGGCCUUUCCCCUGGUUUGAUCUGACUGCUGUGCAACUCAAGGAAACUCCCCUUAGCCAGUAUCUCUCACACAGCACUACUUUUCAGGACAACCUUACCCACCUAUACUGUGAUUCAUUUGGUAUCACCCUAACCAAAGAACAAGAGCCAGAGGUUUCCACAGGUUUUUCAUCCCAAUAAGAGAAGAGACCUCAGGAAUCAGGAUGUUUUUCUCCCUCUACAGUGGUAAUGCCCUGAUUAUCAUAAUUGACAGUGGAAGUCAUGUGACUGUAUGGUGUUUGCCAUAUGUUAGGCAGUAAGGAAUUAGAAAAUUGUACUGAUGGCUCUUUAAAAUCUAGAAUAAAACAAAAGGUUCUUUACAUCAGUAUAUUUGGGUGUGUCUGGCUUUUGGAAGCAACUGAAUGAAACCACAUAACCUGACACACUUAAGUAAGCUGCUUCCCCAGCAGUUAAUUAUCAAUUCAGUUAAUUCAAAUUAUCUCUUGUCUAAAAGCUAAAUUCAAGAAGUUAUAUUGUCAUUAUUAAAUGGUUACAUACUUCUUCUGUAGCAUUCUUUUCCUACAAUAUGUAGCUACAGUAUGUAGUUACAUUCUUUCCCUUUAGCAGUAUGUAGCUGACAAAUGAUACACCUUGAUUGUCCCACACUUUGAGUAGAAAAAUGAAAUGUGUGGCAAACAAUCUUAAUUGAAUUAUGACUCAUUUUAGGCUUAUUUCAGCUAAACAUGACUGUUCUGGUACUAUCUUAUUUAAAGCUGUUCCCCUUUAAACUAUUUUAAACCAUAAAACCAUUUUAAAAAAUAGCUGGCAUUACAACUACUGGAGACUGCGUGCCCUGGAGCCUGCGUGCCCUGGGCCCACAUGCCGCAACUACUGAAGCCCGUGUGCCCUAGAGCCCGUGUGCCAUAACUACUGAGCCCGUGUGAUGCAACUACUGAAGCCUGCAUGCCUAGAGCCCAUGCUCUGCAAGAAGAGAAGCCACCGCAAUGAGAAGCCCACACAUCGCAAGGAAGAGUAGCCUCCGCUCGGUGCAACUAGAGAAAGCCCGUGCGCAGCAACGAAGACCCAACACAGCCCCACCCCCGCAACAAAAAAAAGCCAGCAUUUAUAUUAAAUGGCUAAAAAUAAUUCUGCAAAAUACAGAUUUUAUACCUACAGUUCACAUUUAUUUCCUUUAUGUUUUGCAAUUACUUUAUGUCAAUUAUAAUAGAGUAGAAAACAAAGCAGUAACCAUAAAGUUGAGAAAGCAUGGCGCUGACUAUGCUCUGUCACUGAACAGAACUAUUGUUUGCCAAAUGCUAAAGUGCUUUGGAACAAAACCAUUCACUCUACAUGUAAACCACCAUGGUCUUAGGUAAAUCAUUUACAUUUUUCUUUUUUGCAUGCUUGUGAGCGAAGCAGACUCAAUGGUAUGGUGUUAAAUGGUAUGAGAUAAAAUUUUGCUAGUCCACUUGGGAAAAAAUUAGGUUCAUCAUCAAACAUUAACACGUGACAUGAAUGCUAAUUUGAGGCACUGUUCUUUCUCUCAGUAGGAAAAGAAAUGGAUUCCUUUGACUAUUCAUUCAGAUGUAAGGAACUGGAUAGGGUACAUCAUUGCCCUUCUGGAUUAUGGUAGCCCUACAGUGGUUCUUAGGAUUAAGAAGU